AUCUAUUAAAGAAAAUCGAAAAACCACAAACACUUACACUAGACUAGAAAGGCCACAUUUAACAUCUACUGGUAUUACGCUGAAUACUAUCAAAGUGGUUGUUCACAGCCACGUGCCCACAUGACCUCAUAACAAUAUCAUCCCGCAACAAUUACCACCCCCAUAACCCUAACCCAAACAACAACCCAUACAUCUAACCCACCAUGUCCCCCAAAAAAGAAAUCCAAGCAACCGAACUUGACAUUAAUCUCUCAUCAAGAACCGAAACAGAAUACUUCAAAUGGUUCCUCGCAUGUCUCCUAUUCGGCAAGCCAGUCCAGCAAGGUGUCGCGAAGCGAGCCUUCCUUGAGCUCGUGCAGGAAGGCAUUACUUCACCGGAUGCUAUCCUCGCAGCCGGAUGGGAUAGACUAGUCGAGAUCUUGGAUGAAGGUCAUUACGUCCGGUAUGAUUUUUCGACUGCGACGAAAUUGCUUGAUGUGGCGGGGGCUAUUAAGGAAGAGUAUGGUACCUUUGGAGAGAUGUUGAAAAGGUUCGGCAGUGUUGAGGAAUUGGAGGUGCAUUUGCAGGAGUUUAAGGGGGUUGGGCCGAAGACGGUGGAGAUUUUUAUGAGGGAUAUGAGGCCUUUGCUUGAGUAGGUUCUUUUGUGAGUAUAUCUUUGGAGUUGGGGGUUGGGUCUCGGCAUUAGUCUCGUGGGUAGGAUAUGUUAUUGUUAUUAUUUAUAGUCACGAUGAGUAUGUACUACGGGCUGAGAUUGGCUUCGACGGGAAGUGGAUACCUGUACAAAGUAUUGAGCAUACGUUUGUCAAAUGUUACUUUUCAGUUUGUAAUGGUAUAGGAGGGAUUAUUUUUGAU